AAUAUUGCACCUUGUACCGAAAUACGAGGUGAUAUGACCAUACAAUGAUUUUUCCUGAUUUUCCAGAUUUUGCCUGUUUAGGUCGAAAUUGUUACACUUUUCCUUAAAAAAAAAAUAAAAAUUAGUAAUAUUCCUGAAAUGUGCAUUGCAGUUACUUCAAUAAAACAGCGGCGCCAGGCUUGAUAAAAGGUUUUGAUCCAUGGAAGACCUCGGUUAUGUUAGCCGUGGAAUUUAGUCCAAUUAAAAUGCACUAAAGAUACUUUUGUACAAGCUCUUGACUGAUGUGGUCAUUUUUUUUUUCUUACAUUAAUCCAGCAAUUUGCAGCCUGCCUUUGCCGCUGUGUUUUGCUUCCCUGCGUCCUCGCUGUCCGCCAUCAGCCUUUCGCUAAAUUGUACAUUUAGUCCUAUUUUCAAAGUCAUCAGCGAUUGCUUUUUUGCCACUCGGCGCACUGAACAUGGACAUCUUUUAAAGGCGGUGAGUAGCUCUGAUAAGUGGUUGGCAAAAAGGUUUAAUAGCCACUGUAAAAUAAAUUAUAAUGUAUUCUCUCCCAUUGCAAAUUUCCAGCAUGCGAGCGCUGUUGUGAGCGGCUAUUUAGGAAUACAAAUCAACUACCCGAAUUGAAGUUGUUGUACCCAAUGCCACACGGAAUAGUAGCGGGAUGGCAAAGCAAUUUUCCCCAGCUGUGCCGUUUUUCAAGGCAAAAGAUGUUUGUGGCACGUCGCGGUCAACUCUUCUCUAUUCGAGCCUCAUUGAAAAGCGAUGGGCUUAUGAAUCAUUUGCACCGCUCCACUUUCACAGAGCGUACCUGAAACUUUCGCUUAACUUGUUGCCGAAAUAGUUUCUCCGGAAAAUUGCAGUGUGCCAAGUCUCGCAGAAUUGUAUCAGGGAAUCUCAGCCUGAAGGAGAAAUUGCCACUCGCAUACUUGUCUUUGACCAAAGUGAAGCCCCGCCGCCCACCCCCACCUUCCCGUCGCCCACUCCAGGGGGAAACGUGCUGUUUAGGAAGAUAUAAAGGAGUAAUUUUAUUACUCGCUACAUCUCCACUCAGAAGCCAUUUCAUUUCUCCUUUUCAGCCUCCAUGGAAGCCUUUAUUUGAUCUCAUAUUCCGGAGUAUGACUGCCUCAAACCGGUCGGAGUGCGUUUAUUUUCAUUUGGAAAAUACAUUUAGAGGAUAGAAGUAAAGGGGAGCGGGGUGGAGAGGGAGACCGGCGUCUCUUAUGUCCUCCUGGUGCCAAUGUUCAUGCUGGUGAUUGUUGGGGAGGCCAAAUUUGAUACAGUCAAACAAUUUGGAGUUGGGAGAAAACUGUGGCUCAAAAGUGAGACGAGAGUUCAAACCGUCAUCAGCACAGCCAGUGUCGGAAAAGUUCUUCUUUUCUGAUGCUGAUGUGUGAUGAUAACCAUAGAAACUGAAAUAACUGCAAUAUAUAAGGACGUCAAAAUGUGACUAAGAUGACAGAUUCAUUCAUCCGCAAUUAAUGAAAAUGAACUGGAUUAUUUUUGCCGGGCCGCACGGUGGACGAGGGGUGAGCAUGUUGGAAGACCUGGGUUCGAAUCUCUGAUCUCUGUGUGGAGUUUGCAUGUUCUCCCCGUUUUCUGUUCUCUCUGGGUACUCCGGUUUCCGCCUCCUGUUAGCGCUGCUGUUGGCGUGUCAAGGUCGGCAGUCAAGUGCCUUACUCCAUUCCUUACAAGUCGUUAGUCGACCGAUAUCGCUUUCAAGCACCUGUUGCAGGUGGCUAAAAAACUAAAAAAAAAACUGAAAAAAAAGUUGCAGCCUAAACCCAGACCAAUUAGAAAAAAAAAAAACUUAAACUAUAUUAGGAAAGCAGGAAGUGAACAAAUGUAAGAGUUACUGAUUGUAAAAGUACCAGAUGGAGGGGUAGGAUUUAAUAAGCUUUGCUUCUUCCUACUCCUUUUGGACAUGUGGAACUGUGAACUGAUUAUGUGAUGCAUUCAAUUGUAAUCUGAUGCAUGUUCAAAUGAAAUUAAACCAUUACCAUUACCAAAAUCCAACAAAGAGUAGUAUGAACAGAGAUCGAUACCAACAGAAGACCUUAAAUCAAUACCAAAGACAUAUUUGUUUGUUUUUAUCAACCUGAACACCCAAUCCCAACUACUUUUCCGUUUUUUUGAGAGGCAAAAAGUGGUGAUGACAUGACUCUCCACUAAUGCAUGUCACUUUCACAGCAAUUUUAAGCCAUAAAACGGCCACAAGGUGGCAGAAGAGCGUUGGAUAAGAGCUCAGCAUGUACUGUAUGUAUUAGUGUGGAGGAGUGUGGCGUGCAAAAGGCUGCGCAUAGUAGGGAAAUUUCAACGCAUGCACACACGUGCACACACAAAUUAUAUACAUUUUAUGAUGUUAUAUGUGUAAAAAUAUAUAAUUUGAAGUUUUUUUAUGGACUGGUGGCCAGCCAAUCACAGGGCACAUAUAGACAAACAACCAUUCACACUCACAUUCAUACCUAUGGACAAUUUGGAGUUGCUAAUUAACCUAGCAUGUUUUUGGAAUGUGGGAGGAAACUGGAGUACCCGGAGAAAACCCACGCAUGCACGGGGAGUAAUAGUAAUAUUAAAUAUGUAAUAUCCAACAGAGGUCUGACUUAUUUUGACGAAAAUUUGAGCAAUAUUUGAAGUCAUCUUCCUCCUUCGUGUAUGAUUUUUGGGAUUUAUUCCAUAGAACAACAGCAUGAACGGAGUGAGCCUCUGGAUGGAGGCGGGGCCACUAGCAUCCACAGUCUAAUGUAGCUAACUUUUAUCAAAGAAAUGGCCGAGGGUGGGAGUUACAAAAGCGGUUAUGCUUAAAAUAUAUCUUUUCUUAUACUCACAGCGCUUAUUUAUUCCAGGAAAUAGCUACAAGACACCAUUUUACCAUUUUCCUGUUUUAAAGGGUGAAUAAAGUUGGACUUCAUACAGUCGCUAAUGUUCAAAUAUGCUCCCAACUACAGCAGACCCAUUUUCUAAUCCUUCCAUCCGCCCCCAGAACAACUGCAUCCAGUGUAAAGGAUACAUCAGUCUGUACUUUGAACCAGCGUGUCAUUGGCAAAGUGUGCCAUUUAUUAGACAGCCCACUUAGGCGGGGUUGCCAGAUGUAGCCGGUCACUCGAGAGCGUGCCCAUAAACUCCCACGGCACCCGACUCCGGUGUCAAAAAUUAACCUCUUUUCUUUUUUACUCCGCGUCUUGAUCCACCAGCCGCCCCCCCCCCACCAACUCCCUCCUUUCUCCCGCAACCGGUGCAGCUGUGCCGGCUUAUUUAUCGCCAUCCCUUCGUCUGCACCGCUUCUAUCCUCUCCUCGUGUCUGGUGACAGCACAAUGAAAACAUUUUUAUGCGUGUCAUUUCGGCGGAAGUCCUAAAAAAGUCCUUUCGGGGAGGGGUGGCUCGGGUCCAUGCAGUGAAUUACCUCCAGAUGCAACCCCUCCACCCCCCCACCCUUUCCAACCCUUCCCCCUCAAAUUAGUGGCGAGUAAAAAUUAGCUUUGAAUGGUGGUCGAAAAUUUGAAACGUUUAUUAUUCUUAACUGGGAUUUUUUUUUUUUAUGAAUGAAUGGACGCUUUCGGGGUGUGGUUGGUGUCUCGUUCUGAAUGGAGCGCCACCACAGUAGUUAAUUCUCGCCGUUAUUUACUACAUGUUGAUUUAUUAGUUUCAUUUUCUGUGUCAUCGCACAUGAAAUGAUUUGGUGUGAGAGUAUUUUACACUUCUGGUGUCCAACAAUCAUUAAGACGUGCAGGUUUCUCUUGCAAUCUGCAAGUGUUGCGGUCCGACGACAGCUUAUCUCGCUUCUGGGAACGAUCAGUCUCCGUCCGUCGACUGUUUGCGGCUUGCUCAGAUGCCACGCGUCGUAAAUGGCUUUGACUGGAAAUUUAAGCAGCCCAGAACUGCAUGUCUUUUAAAAAGAUCAUACAAAACACUUUUGGCAGACACAAAAAGUGUAGCCAAGUCAUGGAGUCAUAACAUAUAUACUGGCUACUUGCCAACUGUAGAUGAUUAUAUAAGAAUGAUAUAUCUCCAUAGAAGGUUUUAAAGCGAAUGUACACGUCAUUGUACAGCUAAAAUCUCACAGUAUUGAUCCAGGGUGUCCACUGUGUGGCAUGGGGACCAUUUGUGGCCCACUACACAUUCUGAAAAUACAAUUUAACAAGAAAAACAAAACAAAAAAAACAAGAAUAAAGUUAAAAUCAUCAAAAAAGUUGUAAUUCAUUGAGAAAAUAUCAGAAUUUUACAAGAAAAACACAAUAUUCUGAGAAAAAAAAUAUUUUAUUUGCAUGAAGUUGAAAUAUACAAAAAUUGUGUGGAAAAAAUGUUGGAAUAUUAUGAGAAACAAACAAAACAUCAUUUUUUGAAAAUUAGGUUGGGGGAAAAAUUAUAUAAUCAUAAGAGAAUAAAGUCCUAUAUUAAGAUGAAAAAAGAUAUUAAGAGUUAAGUUGACAUAUUUUAAAAAUAUAGCUUGAUAACACAUUCUGAAAAUAAAAUUUAACAAGAAAAACAAAAACAAAAAAACAAGAAUAAAGUCAAAAUCAUCAAAAAAGUUGUAAUUCACUGAGAAAAUAUCAGAAUUUUACGAGAAAAACAUAAUAUUCUGAGAAAAAAGAUUAUUUUAUUUGCAUAAAGUUGAAAUAUACAAAAAAGUGUGCGAAAAAAAUGUUGGAAUAUGAUGAGAAACAAACAAAACACAUCCGUUUUUUGAAAAUUAGGUUGGGGGAAAUUUUUUAUAAUUAUAAGAGAAUAAAGUCCUAUAUUAAGAUGAGAAGAGAUAUUAAGAGGAAAGUUGACAUAUUUUGAAAAUAUAAAAAACUAUCAAAAAAAGAGAAAAAAGUCAGUUUUCUCUUGAAAUAAAAAAUGUCCGCACCCCUGAUAUUGAUGAAUAGAUGCAUUAUAAUGCUCAUUUGUGGCCCGCUACACAUUCUGAAAAUACAAUUUAACAGGAAAAACAAAAAAACAAGAAUAAAUUUUAAAUCAUCAAAUUGUUGCAAUUCAUUGAGAAAAUAUCAGAAUGUUACAAGAAAAACAUAAUAUUCUGAGGGAAAAAAAUAUUUGAAAUUUUCGGUUGGGGGAAAAUUAUAUAAUUAUAACAGAAUAAAGUCCUAUAUUAAGAUGAGAAGCGAUAUUAAAAGGAACGUCGGCAUAUUUAGAGAAUAUUUUUUAAAAAACUAUCAAAAAAGAGAAAUAAAAAUGUCAGCACCCUUGAUAUUGAUGAAUAGACGCGUUAUAAUGCUCAACCAAGUCAGUCGUGGCAUGUGCGUAGCGGUUGUGUAAUAAGCGGCGUUACAAUGCCAUCUGCUGUAUGGAAUUGGAAUAACAUGCUACACAGGAAGUCCCCUCAUAAUGUGCUUGUGAGCGAGGGCGAACAAAUUUGUCUGCGGCGGUCCAAAUGUAUUUGUGGCAGGCCACAAAUAAAUGACCGUACGGAAAACGCUGAUAUUGCGAUGACUCCUCGCCAGUUAUAUUCAACAACUCCCGAUUUGAUAAAAGAAAUCGGUAGAAUCACGGCGAUGUGAUGUGAGCUUUGUUUGCUUAUGUAAAUUACCCAAAAGUUGUGAAUUCCAAUAUGAAGUGUUUGGCUUUUUUUCCAGAGAGCGGGGGUCAGUUUGAACCGCCUGACUCAUGCGUCCUCUCAAUCUCGGAACGUAUACGUCAAUUGUGGCCGUCUACGCUGUCGGUAGAAGCAGCUGGAGUGGAGGCGUAGCUAUCAUUAAACCUGGCAGGGCUGCCUAUACGCGGCUCCUUGCGGAGCGUGUUGAUAUUUCUGGGCCGGCGAAUGUACGAGCUGGUUUAUUUUCAACAGGAACCUCGGUCCAGAGAGUAUUGCGUCUCUCGGGGAUGUCCUGUUGUGUUCCGGGCCAAAGUCGCAACAUGGCUUCUCCACUUCAAGUAAAAUAAUAACUGCUUUUUCACAAAACAAAACAAGCAAGUAUCAGUCAAAAAUCAUGUCCUGUUUUUUUAUUUCUUUCCUCCUUGUGAAAUACAUAUGCAAAUAUAUUUGGAUGCUGUCAUUAUCGGCCACUUAAUAGGCAUUUCAUUAGGGGAUUUGUGAAUAGGGCAAAGCAGGUUGCCAUGGAUACUCCAGUGCUUUAAGUACAGUAAAUUAAAAUGGUGCAGCCUGCCAAGCACUUAUAUAAUCAUCGCUCCUUAAUGGUCUGUGCUCUCUGGCCAUAAGCAACAUAUCAUGUGAACAACAGCACUGGAAUAGUACUACCCCCUCAUUAUGCAUUAUUUGACUCAGGACUAAGUGGGGGUCCUGAAUUGUGCUUGUGGAACAUUCAUGUGACGACGAAAGAACAUGCCUGAUGUGUGGGGCCUUUUUUUGUGUGUGUCUCUUUUCAUGAUAAUUGUGUGAGAGUUUCCAAGGAGCUGUUUGGCAAAUGUAAAAUGUGCUGAGAUCACUUUGCCUGAAUGUGAAAGUGUUGUGUUUGGAUGCUUUUUACGCUUGUUAUUGUGUGAAGGUGAUGGAUCGUUUUUUUUUUUCAAAUAGUUAAAAAUCUGUACUUAAACCUAAUUAUAUUUUCUGAUGGGCGGGACAAACACCGGGGGGUAAAUUCUACACAAAGAUGAUUUAUUGUGUUUAUUCACUUUAACCCACUAAGGUGUUGUAUCAUCAAAGAACAUCUGAUUUGAGAUUUGCACCACCUUUUUCAUCAAAAAUGUAUUUUUACAUAAAAAAGUUGUUAUAUUUUUACUAUAUUUACUGACUUUUUAGACCUGCACUUGAGUAGUUUGUUUGUAUGGAGAUGAUCAUUUUAUGGUGAAAAUUACUUUAUAAAUAUUUUUUAAAAUUUUUCUUGUCAAUAAAAUAACAGUUUAAUAUUAUAAAUAUUACAAAUAAAUGUUUCUAAAUUAAUUGUUUUUAAUGGAAUGAGGCUUUCCAUGCCGGUGUGUUUAAUGAGCAGAAUCACGCCGCUGUCAAGGUGCCAUUGUUUGUUUCCCUCGACUCAACAGCGCCUUUGCUGGUGACAUUCAAGCACUGCCUCCACUUUGCCUUGAAUUGCUUGAAGUCACAAUGAAUCAAUUCCACGUUCAUCAAUUAUAACACCCUUUUAGUGACAGAGUAUGGAAACGAUGCCGCUGCUGCUGCUCUUGGCGCGCUUUGUAGACCCCCCCCCCAUCACCCUCACUGUACCCACUUGUCUCACCACCCCCUCCACCUUUUUACUGUCUUUCUAUUCAGUGCUGCCACCGCACAUCAAGAUGCUGGUGGGCCUGUUUGUCUCUGUUGACCUUGGCAGCAGGAAAAGCGCUGGUUAGAAGAGGAGACAAAGGGAAUAAAUAACUGCAGGGAGGAGGCACUCAGAUUGUCACAGAUCUGUAGAAAUAGCGUUCCCCUUAGUGAAGCAGACUUUUCUCAGGCCGGGGGCCUCUUGUUUGUCUUUUCCAGCGAGGGUGAAAUGACUUAAAAGUGGCCUUGUGGGUAGGGAAAGUGAAAUAGCCGGCAUAAUAGAGGAAUUAAUUGUUGGCCUGCCUCAUAAUAAUGAUAUCAUACGCCGCUGUGGAGCUAAUGUGCUGCUCAGAGCCGGGAGUUCAAGUGGUCUUUACCCCGCCGUGUCGUUCUCCUAAAUAAACCUCUCAUAGUUGCCCUGGGUGGAUGCCUGUUUUAAUUUUUUUUUUGUUUGAAAUUUUAUGUGCAUUGCAUAGACAUCAAAAAAAAAAGGCACCCCCCCUCUGUUGUAGCGAGCUGGGGGCAGAUGGACAGUCUUUCUGCUGCAUCUGCUGCAGAGCAGACUGGGGGCUUUGUACUCAUCUCUCCUGGGGGACGCCUUUCUCCUUUUUCCAGUAGAUUCCUGUCUGUCGGAGCAACUAAGAAAAACAUCUGUGGCAUGCAAGUAGAGAGGGAAAAAGGGAGGAAAACAGCAGGAGAAGUUGGAUAGGCUUGAUUUUGGACAAAUAUGUAAUAAAUGUACAAAUCAUCAUUAAGGAUACAUAUAAAGGCGUGUUUUUUUUAAAGAAUACAUAUUAUUUUUUAACACUUAUUUUAUAUACUGUAUGGAGGCAUUUAUUUUUGUAAAUAAAACAUGCAGAAAUCAUCAGCAAAAUUAAUUAAUUCAUUAAUUUUUAAUACUUAUUUUUUAUAUAUCUAUGCAUGUUUUGAUUUUUAACUAAAUAAAACUAAAAAUAAUCAGCAGUGCAUUAAUAUUUUUUAACCAUGUAUUUAUGUACUUUUUCCUUUUAUUUCAUCACUGUAUUAGUUUUUUUCUCUCCUUAUCAAACACAAUGACUGAUGUAUCAGUAAUUGGGGUAGUAUUAAGUAAGCUCUGCUUCUUCCUGCUCCUUUUCGGACAUGUUGAAUUGUCCACGUGCGAACACGUUUGAGGAAAUAAGCAUGAUUUUGGAGCCCAAAGUAAAAGAGCCAUCAAUGAGCCUCCCUUUUCUCUGAUUCCCUUCCUAUAUACCCUCCUCCCCUUCGCCCCAAACAUACACAAUUCCUCUGCCAACUCCCCCCCACCCCCACCCCUCGAUCCUCUAUACGCCCCCUAUUCCCUCCUCCUCCUCCUCCUCCUUGCGAUCAUGCUUUUUGUGUACUAUUGGUCCUCGGGCGUCAAAACAAUCCAGCGGGGGCUGCCUGACUUGUUUUAAUUAGGCGCCACUCAAACUGCAUCUCCGACGUGACCAGGCAGAGGUGCACCGCUCUUCGGCACGUUAGAAAAACCUCACUUUGCCUACUUUUUUUUUGCUCUAUUUUAUUCACUUUCUGCUCUUUUUUAAUUUUUUUUUUUGCUGAUGAUUCCCGGCAUGCUUCCCUACCAAGGAGAGUGGAUUUUUCUCUCAUUGUUUUUUUGACAUAAAAGGUAAGGUGACAACUACUUUUCAUUGUUACUUUACUAAAGAGUACAAAGAAGACGUACCUCCAUGGGAAGUGCUCCUCCGUAGCUUCCAAGAGCGGAGCGCUGCGCUGCGCCCCGGUCGGUCCGCUUGCAUGCCUGGAUGUGUGUGAGUGCACUUUUGUGUUAGUGAGAGAGGAGUGUGCGAUUAGAGCGAGAGGAGAGCCCGGGAGAAGCGAGGUGCGAAGGGGGGAGAGCCGUGCCGAGCGUGCCUUUGCGCCUCUUGUACUUUUUCAAAAGUAAAAAGAACCCCAUCCCCAAAAAAAAGAGGACCCGUGUAGUAAUUGUGCUGUUUCAUGAACAAGACACACUUAGAAUAUGUUUUUGACUUGUAUGACUGGCGAGAGGAGUGUAGAGGGCGGGGGCUAGCAGGGGUGUGCACAAGGUGGUGGUGGUGGUGGGGGGGAGGAGGAUGCGGUUGUGGUGUUGUUUAUGAUGCACCCCCCCAUAAACACGGCGGGUGUGAUGACACAGAUAGUGUUGCCUCUCCGCACGCGGUCGCUGACACCGCUCGACUUUUGCUGCUGCUGCUUUUGAGCCCCUGGCGGCGGCGGAGGUGGCGCCGGCGGCUUCAGCGGAGGCGGCUUCAGCCUCUGCUACUUGCUUUUGAAGGUUUUAAAUCAUGAUGAUGCAGGAGUCGGCCACAGACACAAUAAGCAACAGUUCAAUGAGUCAAAAUGGAAUGAGCGCCCUAAGCAGCAGCCAAUUAGAGGCUGGCAGUAGAGAUGGGAGAUCAAGCGCUGGUGGCGGUGACACGAGCGGCGAAGUAAGCACAGUCGAGCUGCUGCAUCUGCAACAACAGCAGGCCCUACAAGCAGCAAGGCAAUUACUCUUGCAGCAGCCAGGCAGUGGCCUGAAAUCUCCAAAGAGCCAGGACAAGCAGCGUCCACUGCAGGUUCCAGUCUCAGUGGCCAUGAUGAGUCCCCAGGUGAUCACGCCGCAACAGAUGCAGCAGAUCCUCCAGCAGCAGGUUCUUUCCCCCCAGCAGCUCCAGGCCCUCCUCCAGCAGCAGCAGGCCGUCAUGCUGCAGCAGCAACACCUGCAGGAGUUCUAUAAGAAGCAGCAGGAGCAGCUUCAUCUCCAGCUUCUCCAGCAGCAGCACCCCGGCAAGCAAGCUAAAGAGCAACAGCAACAGCAGCAGCAGCAGCAACUGGCCGCCCAACAGCUCGUCUUUCAGCAGCAGCUCCUGCAGAUGCAGCAGCUCCAGCAGCAGCAACACCUGCUCAACAUGCAGCGGCAGGGCCUGCUCUCCCUGCCGGGGCCAGCCCCCGGCCAGGCCGCCCUGCCCGGACAGACAUUGCCCCCGCCAGGUGGCCUGAGCCCCGCAGAGCUCCAGCAAUUAUGGAAGGACGUGACUGGAGGUGGCGGCGGCGGCGGUGGAGGUGGCGGCGGCGGUGGCCAUGCCAUGGAAGACAACGGCAUCAAACACAGCGGUGCCGGCAGCAACGCGGUCACCGGCGGCGCAGGCGGCCUCGACCUAUCCACCACCAACAACAACAACAACCACAACAACAACAACUCUUUGACAACUACCUCUUCCAACCCCGCUAAAGCGUCGCCGCCUAUCUCGCACCACUCCAUCGUCAACGGACAGUCCCCGGUCCUCAACCACAGACGAGAGCGUGAGCGAGAACGGGAGCGAGAGAGUUCACAACACGAGGAAAACGGAGGAUCCCAUCCCUUGUACGGUCACGGCGUGUGCAAGUGGCCCGGCUGCGAGAGUAUCUGCGACGACUUCGGACAGUUUUUGAAGCACCUAAACAACGAGCACGCCCUGGAUGAUCGGAGCACAGCCCAAUGUCGGGUCCAGAUGCAGGUGGUCCAGCAGCUGGAAAUCCAACUUUCCAAAGAACGCGAACGUCUCCAGGCCAUGAUGACCCACUUGCACAUGCGGCCCUCCGAACCCAAGUCAUCUCCCAAACCACUCAACUUGGUGUCCAGCGUCACCAUGUCUAAGAAUCUUCCCUCUGCGUCCCCGCCUAACUUACCGCAGACGCCCACCACCCCCACGGCACCCAUCACCCCCAUGGCGGCUAUGCCCCAGGUCCCGUCGGUGCUGGGCGGAGCCAACGUGCCCAGCAUGGGAGCCAUGCGGCGACGCCACACGGACAAAUACUCCAUGCCGCUGUCGUCGGGUGGUGACACAGUAUUUAUUUUUCCAGAGAUCGCCCCAAACUACGAGUUUUAUAAGAACGCGGAUGUCAGACCGCCGUUUACUUAUGCAACCCUCAUAAGACAGGCUAUCAUGGACUCGGCCGACAUGCAGUUAACGCUUAAUGAAAUCUACAGCUGGUUCACGCGCACGUUCGCCUACUUCCGACGCAACGCCGCCACCUGGAAGAACGCUGUGCGCCACAACCUCAGCCUGCACAAGUGCUUUGUGCGCGUGGAGAACGUGAAAGGCGCCGUGUGGACGGUGGAUGAGGUGGAGUACCAGAAACGCCGGUCGCAGAAGAUCACAGGAAGCCCGUCACUCGUCAAGAACCUGCCCUCCAGUCUGGGCUACGGCUCUGCACUAAACGCCAGCCUCCAGGCCGCUCUAGCAGAAACCACCCUCCCUCUACUGGGUACCCCCGGUCUCAUGAACAGCUCGGGCCCCAUGGGCGGCUGCCACGGCCUCCUGGGCGGUGACCCCUCCGGAUUGAUGGGCGGCAGUCCACCAGGGCUGCUUGGCGGCAGCCCGCCGGGACUCCUCGGCAUCAGCCCUCCUGGUACGCUGAGUGGCAGCCCCCCUACCCUGUUGCAGUCCGCCCACGACGACCUCAACGGGUCCCUGGACCACCUGGACACCAACGGACACGGCAGCCCCGGGUACUCCCCACAUGGGCACAUGCCGCCCGUGCACGUGAAGGAGGAACCUCUAAACAUGGACGACGACGACUGCCCCAUGUCGCUGGUGACGACGGCCAAUCACAGUCCAGAGCUGGACGACGACCGGGAGCUGGAGGAAGGGAACUUAUCAGAAGACCUGGAGUGACUCUUAAGUGACUUUUUUUUUUUUUUUUUUUGCUAUCCCUUCUGCCCAGACUUGGAAAAGCACUCCGACAUCCGCCCACUCUCCUUUUGUUCCCCCCACUCCUUCCUCACCACUGGGACUAUUUAUUUAGCAUGUUGGACGCAAAAAACUGAUCCAAACUGAUCCAAGAUGGCCGCUACAGGAUGAUGGACUCACUGAUGGAUGAGUAGAUGGACAAAAGGGAGGAAAUAAAUGCCGUCAAAACCAAAACACACAUAAAAAAAAACAAAGAAAAGGACCACAUUUUUUUGUCAAUACCCACAGUAGUUUUUCGAUGUCUAGAGACAAUUGCUGGUUGGACUCAUCGUUCAUCCCCCUCCGCCCCCUCCCACACAACUGUAAAUGCCAUCCCCUCAAUCGCAAAGAGUAAAACAAAAAAAAAAGUAAAGGAAUAACGACACAUGUCCUCCUCACGUCCAUUUUGGGAAAAAAAGCUUUGUCUCCCUGCAAGCAGUCACAGGCAACAGCUAGAAACCAAAGCCUACACUAGCAAAGGCCAAUAGCUUAUGACUCAACACGAAGACGCCACUUUAAGCAAGACGACCAAGACAAACUACCUUCCAAGAACCUCUGGGAUUGUUUCCUGUCCAUGGAGAUGUGUACCGACAAAUUCUGCAUACAUACUUACAUACAUACAUACAUACAUACAGUACUUACAUAGAUAGCUGCAGGCCAGAGAGGAGCUAAAUGUCAAAGUGGAUCAUGACCAAAACAAAAAGUAUUUGUGCAGAAUCAUCGUGUUGCUGUUGUUUGUUUUUCAACGCAUCUUUUUUACGUUGUGGUUUUUUUUUUUUAAUUUCAAACAAGCUGGUGAAUAUGUAAAGUUCUCAAAGGCACUGUCACAAACUGAAAACACCAAACAUGACACAAAUAUCUAGCCAAGCCAAAUAGUAUUCCAGUGGAAAUAAGAAGAAUAAUACUGCUAAUGAUGAUAAUAAUUAUAAUGAUAUGAAUAAUAGUAAUAAUAAUAAUAGCCAUGUCGGAAAGGUGAAAGGGAACCUUUUCUCUGCAGAAAAGUGUUGUUGCUUUAAUUCACGGUCAUUUCUGUUUUCGGGAAACCAAAGUUACACAAAAUUCUGCCUCCUCUUGUGCGGCAUGGAUCAGACCGAUAGCGCUCAUGGGGAUUUUUGUAGGAUUUUCCACAAAAAUGUAGGAAACCGAGGUCAGGAUUCUUAUGGAAACGAUACAUCCUAACCCAACUUCUUUUGUUCCAAAAUGUCGGCCAUAUUUGUGGACUAUUGCUUAACACGCCGGCGGCGUUUAUGGCGCGACAUACGUAUGUCCCGUGUUUGUGUAUUGUGCUUCAACAUGUCCGCCAUGUUUAUGGAGUAUCUGCAUUGUUUGUGGAACAUUUAGUCCACGUCGGCCAUAUUUGUGGCGCGUCCAGCAACAUGUCCGCCAUGUUUAUGGAGUAUCUGCAUUGUUUGUGGAACAUUUAGUCCACGUCGGCCAUAUUUGUGGAGCGUCCAGCAACAUGUCUGCCAUGUUUAUGGAGUAUCUGCAUUGUUUGUAGAACAUUUAGGCCAUGUCGGCCAUAUUUGUGGAGCGCCCAGCAACAUGUCCGCCAUGUUUAUGGAGUAUUUAACAAUGUGCCCGGCGUGAUUGUGGAAUACUUUGUCAACAUGUCGGCCAUUUUUGUGGACUGUGUUACAAUAUGUUUCCCAUGUUUGUGUAAAAACAUGUCGGCCAUGAUUGUGGAAUACUUUCUGGACAUGUCGGCCAUUUUUGUGGACUGAACAACUUGUCUGUUGUAAGAUAUCCGCCCAUUUUUUUUGCAACAUGUCCACCAUAUUCUGUUACAUCGGCCAUGUUUGUGGAGUACUGGUAUCGCUUUUGUAUGAUUUCCUACAAAAUACUCAUGAGAUAAUAGGACGUGAGCACGGUUUGUCAUCUGCUAGCGUUUCGAAAGCGCGAAACCUGGCACGCCAUCAAAGAGCCGCGACGCGUCGGCCUGCUAACAACCAAAGCGGAAAACACACCGCACAAGCUCGCCAAACAAGCAUUUAGCUUUGAGAACCAACACGUGCUAGUUUUACAUCAGGAGGGGGGGCCUGCUACUGAAAAGACUCAGUCGACGGAAGGACCGGUUUAAUAAUCGCACCAAAUAAAAAACGGAUGUGACGUCUUUAACACACACACAAAAAGGGGUCUCCCACUUGUUCCCAAAAAGAAAAACAAAAGGCUUUUUAAAAGCUUCUACCUCUCUGCACAACACGUUCCGAACAAUUACGACAGAUCCGACGUUUACAUUCCUUGCGUCAAGAUACGGAAGAUUUGCAUCGUAAUCUAACCUUUGUAGAGUGAUGAUGUAUAGAUUACCUGUAAGGGAAUAUUGUGUUUUAAACAUGCAUGUCGAGAAAAAAAAAGAAAACCAUUUGUUGGACAGAAGAAGAGAAAGUAAAUAGAACGGAGGGGCGGUGACGGCCUAGCGAUACGUAUAACAAUGCAUCGGAAUGCAUUACCUCAGAGUUUGGGGAGGGUGAGCCACAGAAUGCAUAUUACCUGUAGAUUUGCAUGGGUUUUGUAUAAAUUAAGUCAGAAAAAAAGUCUAAAAUAGUUUGCUUGCACAUAAUACCAGAAAGACCUCCAGAAAACUUGCUCCUCCACUAGAUUUUAGGAUUGUCUGGAUUUUCUGGGGUUCAUUUUGUCUGUAAUUUUGAUAACUGUGCAUACUUAUGUAAAGGAAAAAAAACAAAAAAACAACAAUGUUGGUGGACCCAUACAUUUACCAGACUUUUUUCUAAAAACCAGGAGGGAAAACUUUAAUUCUGUGUUUCUUUUACCUGAAUUUGUACCGUUUCACUCUCAUGGCUCGCUAAAACUAGCAAACCUGCUUUUUUCUUGCAUCUGCUUUGCGUAGCUGUAAGGCUUUAACCUAAUGUGUGUAUUUAUUGCUUGUACCUCUGUGCAUACUUUAUGAAGCAUUAUGUCCGCCAUGUAUCCUUCUCCCAGAAUUGGGAUUGACUAUGAUCCGCCUGUGUAUACAGUAAAACCGGGACUGUUUGUCAUUGGUGAGAAAAAAAAAACAUUUUCUUUCUGAGAUUCAGCUACUUUUUUGAUACUUUUCAUGACUGUGUACUGUGUCUAUAUAAAAAGGUUCUCUGACGUUAGAAGGUCAUGGUUGAGCAUUGUAACAUCAUUAUUUUCUGUAUUUCAUGGCAUUUCACUGCUGAAUAAAAUAAAGGACCAAAAGUUGGAAUUUAAAAAGCAACCUUUUACUACCUCCGGC